CUGAAAAGGAUUGGCAUUUUUUAUGGUGAAUUUUCGUGCAAGUUCUCUGAGCUGCUGUCAACACUACAAAAGUGAUGAGCAAUCGAAAAAAACGCUCCGCAUCGAGCGAUGAAGAUCCAGUUGAUAUGGGUGAAGCCGGCGGGAGCGCAAGGGGCUUGAAGCAAGGCCGCAGAGCUUAUCAAACUGCAUCGGAAGAAGUUGGCCCCAGUCAUGUGGAGGCACUUCAGUCAACCACCAGUGAGAACGACAGCAAUGCCGAUAUUUUUCGCAGGAUCGACCUACCACCGACAAUAGACUUAGAACACUUCGUCUCCGCCAGAAAGGAUGAGUUGGCCAAUCUGACGAACACGGUCAGAACUCGAAUGCGCAAGCUGGUUAGUCAGCAGCUACCGAGACAUCUUAGGCGCCGAACUGUGAGCCACAAUAAGAAACGUCUACCAAAACGAAUGCAGGACCGCUACAAUGCCGAAGCCGCCAAAGAGACAAAGCGCCCAUCACGGCUACAUCGGCGAAGACCGCGGAAUUUACAGGACGAGUAUACGCGUCGAGCCAGAAGUCACCGAUGGCUUGAAACACAUAUAUGGCAUGCCAAGAGGUUUCGAAUGGUAGAAAAAUUUGGCUAUAAGAUUCCCGAAAGCAGUUUCGAUAAGAGCCUGAGAGCGUGUUACAGAGGCGCUGCAAAGUAUUGCUUACUCAACGAUAUUUCUUAUGAAUGCUGCAUUGAACUUCGUGGCGAGCAAGCAGCAAUAUGCGGAGCUUUCGAACGCAUCAGCUCGCAGAAAACUGGCCUUUCAAUCGCAGCCAAAAAGUUCAUUGAUGGUCGAUUCCAAGGGUCCAUAUGGCUCUAUCAAAUUGAUUCAUAUCCGCACAAGUGUUUGGGGGAGGCUACGUUCAUAUGGCGUCCAUUAGACGCAGGGAAUUCGGAGCGCAUUCUAUGGUUAUGGUGUCAUCCUGAGUUUCGUGAAACCCUGAUCGACAUCUUCAAGCAACUGCUCGAUCUUGUCGCUGACUUCAGUGGAGAAGGCGCCACGGAACCUUCCGUAUUCAAAGGACCAACUGUAACUUUAAUUAAUCUCCAGGACAAGCUGAACCGGUUUCGGCUUACUGGUCCCUUGUCAGCGCGCGUUCUCUGUGAGGCCCUCACUCAGGACGAGAGUGGCCUUAAGCUAGCGCCACCACUGUCUCUGCAGCCAGAUGAGUUUAACACUUUCUGGAGCGGUGUCGCAAAAAAUGCUUUAUCGGCUUUUAGUCAUAUACGAGACGGACAGAUAGCCGGAAACGUUGUGUUAGAUCCAAGAUUACAUAUGCCUCGCAAACGAUUGGUCUCGACAGUGGUCGGCUUGCAGGCCGACGAUGAAGGUUCUUUUGAUUCUAAAGGAAGCCAAAAUGCUAUAAGCGAAGUUCCUUUUCGGAGCGAUAUUUGGGAUCAGUCAGCUAGGAGCUUUGUUAAGAGAUCAAUGAUGACGCAGGACGAGAUUAACAAGCUGCAACAUGAUAGCAUCGUGCCAGGAACCCCACUGGCUCUCGGUGCUAAAGAAAGUCGAAUUCCGAUUCUUGUUAUUUUUCGCGGCGGAAGCCAAGAUCAUCUGGGUUAUUCUAGAGGCUGCGACAUCAUCCUACCUUCGGGUUGGGGAAGACAAUUUUUUAUUGCAUUGAAUUAUCGCUCAGCACGCGCAGCAGGCUUUCGUGAUCUCUCCGCGAUAACUCGAUAUUCUGGCAAAUUUGUCUUUCCUGACGAUAUUCCUGAUAGCAUACUCGCGGCACCCCAUCACAGUAAAGAAACGGAUGAUCUGCUCACAAAACACAUAAAGUAUCCCCCGAAUAAACGGCCACCGUUUGCGAAAUUAGGUUUAUGGUUGCCGUAUUCGCUUCCGUUUGGACACCUCAUCGAGAAGAUUGCGCCGCCGCAAUGUGAGUCGCCAAGGAGCAGAUUCUUUGUUCUUCGGGAUCGGGUCUUACUGAAGCAGCUAGCAGAAGUAUACAAGAAGCCACAGCAAUUCGUUGAGCUCGUAAAAACCAUGCCAGCAAAUGACGUUGAGCUGGCAUUAAUUCCCGUCAAGGUAACCUCCCCAAAAGGUGUACCAGCACGAUUUGCGAGACUCUAUGGGCUUCCAGACUUUCCUGGGCCAAUGCAGGAGCCUGUACACACGAAUGCUUGGCGAGAACGUACGGUCACCAAAAAUGACUUAACACAAGGGUUCUUAAACGCAGCUAUCGAUAACCUGUACCAAAUCGUGGGAUUUCUCGUUAGUGGAGACCGCAACUAUACGGAAAAAUAUUCGACUGGUCUGGGAUACGUUUCACUGCAAGCUCUUGUCAAUGUGCUUGAAGCCCACGAUAACGUGAUCGCAUUCAGAAAUCAGCACUGCUUCAACUAUCACUUAGUGCAGAUGGUCAUCUUGUGCUGAUCUCCCAAAAACGUGAGCACUGUAUCAGUUUUCGUACUCGUGUAGGUUUUUAUCAGUGGUUAUAUACUGCGACUGAUGUACAUAGGUUAUACAAGUAUCGUUUACUGGGAGCUUACUGUCUACUUUGUAUUAUUGUAAAAGUAAUCUAGAUAUUUUGCUGUAAAUUUACAUAUGGACAACAGAAUGGUGAUAAUGGCAAUGAUGACUUCUGAACUUUACCAAUAGAAACUAGCCGCAUUGAACAGCAUUAGAACGAUUUGUCUUACAAUAUACAGGUGAAAUUAAGUCGUCGAUAGACGGAUUUAUAUGGGUGUCAAUAAAAAUCAUGUGUUUGAGGGGUUUAUCUGACCCGCUUAUUUUCGAACAAAAAAGCUUAAAGGUUGUUAAAUUUAAAUAAUCUACAGGAUAUACCAGCUCUAUUCUAAAUGAUCAACGUCAAUUUUUAUAAUCAUACAUCUUACUAAAAAAUCCAAUAUUUCUGUGGAGAUACAUUUGAAAAAUUGCUCUAUCUAAUGCUAUUAUCGUUUACGUGGCCAGCUUCUGUAGAUAGUAAGAGAACCUUUUUUUAAUAGCUACGAUGAGUGGCACUAUAUUGGUAUGCUGAUGUCUGUUGGGUUGUUCAACAUCCCACGAUCUUUAUAUGGGGCUUAUGCCUGCCUAAAGCCCUAGGCUGGAACUGGGCUCAACCGAACCGAAAGUUUGACUAAACCGUAUUUGUGAGCUAAUGUUCCAUUUUCUUGAACCACGUGUUAUCCUUUGUUCAAUAUGGUGUUGGCCGUCGUUUCAUCACAGGUUACUAAUCACCUCAAUAAACUGGUUUUUAACGGUUUAACCUUUCCAAAGAAGGUGCAGCAGCAUGACGUCGACUUUGCUAAUUCAUGUAAUUUUAGGAAAUGACGCAAGUGAAAGGAGGAAUUAAUGUAAAGAGUUAUAAAAAGACCCUACAGUACCUGUGUUCGGGCCGUACCUAGAUCUCGACAUUGCUGUAGGGUCAUUGGGAUUUCUCGGGUUCUAAAAAAACAGGUUUUCUCCAACAUCUCCUAAUGAAGAAAUAGCAAAUUAUUUUUAGGAAGAAUUUCAGUCUGAAAACUUUCUGUAUUUAGUUGACAGGUCGAAUUACUAAAAAUAUAAUUUAUUAAUACGUCUGCAUUAAUUAUGUAUUAUUUGCUAUAGGCGCUUGCACGUUGAACUGACUUAAGUUUGCAUACGCAAAAUAAUUCAUAGAUUUAGACG